AUGUUUCUCUCACGCAUGUUGCCGUACAGGCUGGCAGCCGGGGGAGGAGUCGGUAGUGGUCUCCUCUUCAGGCACACUCGAAAUCUAUUCAACCAGCCUCGAUGGAUAUCAACCCAAAAUCUGAGUAUACGACGUGGACCCACAACUCCCCCCCUCUACCGAGGAACGAUACCAGAACACUUCGCCUCUGUUGUAUCCGAGCACGGCGACCGUCCAGCCCUGGUAGUGUGGUCGCCGGUGCCGUCCAUGUCGACGGUGCGCGCCGCCGAGACGACCCUGACGUACACGCAGCUGGACGUACUCUCCAACAGGCUGGGCUCAUCUCUGUCGCGGCUGGGCGUGCGCAAGGGCGACCGCGUCGCCGUCUCCCUGGGCAGCACCGUGGCCUUCACGGCCCUGACGUACGCCCUCUUCAAGCUCGGCGCCGUCCUGGUGCCGCUCAACCCGUCCUUCACAGCAGCGCAGGUCACCUCGGCGCUGCGUCACCUCGGCGCGACGGUGCUGGUGAUGGGUGCCGUGACCGACCUGCCCUACCGGCCGGCCCGGGGUCGCAGCAACGAGAGCCUGCUGCAGGCAAUCAUCACGGACGACGGCGACGGCGACGGCGGCGUCGGCAGAGGCACGCCCUACGAACCCCCGAGCAUCAGGAGCUCCGCCGUCCCCUCCCUCCGCCACGUCGUCGUCCACGACAACCGCGGAGACCACCCCGACAUCCCGCACUUCCAGCUCGACCGCCGUCUGAAGCUCUACCACGAUCUGGUGGAGGGGGGUGCCGCGGGCCCCGUCACGCCCUCCGCCCCGCUCGGCCCGGAGGACACGAUAAACAUCCAGUUCACGUCGGGCACCACCUCGGCCCCCAAGGCCGCCAUGCUGUCGCACACCUCCAUCCUCAACAACGGCCGCCUCAUCGCACACAGGAUGGUGCUGGACGCCUCGGACCGCAUCGUCGUGCCCCCGCCCCUGUUCCACUGCUUCGGCUCCGUGCUGGGCCUGAUGGCCACCGCCACCACGGGCGCCUCCAUCCUCUUCCCCUCGCCGGCGUUCGAUCCCGUCGCGUCCAUGCGCAUGGCCUGCCGGCACCGCGCGACGGGGCUCUACGGCGUGGCCACCAUGUUUGUCGCCUAUCUCGAGGCACUCGACACCCAUCCUGCCUCUUCCCCCUCUCCUUCCAAGCCCACUUCGCUGGUGCCCCCCCCGAACCUGCGCAAGGGCAUAGUAGCCGGCAGCAGCGUGCCCGAGUCCCUGAUGCACACGGUCCAGUCCCGUCUGGGCCUGGAAGACCUGGUCAUCUGCUACGGCAUGACCGAGACCAGCCCCGUCUCCUGCAUGACCCGUCCCUCCGACCCGCCCGAGUACCGCGCCUCCACCGUCGGCACCCCCAUGCCGCACACCGCCGUCAAGAUCGUCGACCCGGCCGACCGGUCAAGGAUCCUCCCUCUCGGCCAGAGGGGCGAGCUCGCCGCCUCCGGAUACCUGACCAUGGCCGGUUACUACGGCGAUCCCGUCCGCACCCGCGAGGUGCUGGUUGCCGACCAGGAAACUGGCCGAGACCCCCCCUCCAUAUGGAUGUACUCCGGCGACGAGGCGUCCAUGGACGAGGAAGGCUUCGUCAGGAUAACCGGCCGCAUAAAGGACCUCAUCAUCCGCGCGGGUGAGAACAUCCACCCCCUCGAUAUAGAGAACUGCCUCUUCCAGAUGCCGGGCGUGCACGAGGUCAGUGUGGUCGGUAUACCGGAUGAGAAGCUGGGUGAGGCUGUCGGCGCCUUCAUCAUCAAGGAGAGCAGCGGCAGCAGAUGUAGCGAGAUAGAUGGAGAGGGGAAGAAAGAAGAGGAGAUAUCGGAGAGUUCGGUCAGGGACUGGGUCAGAUCUCACCUCUCGUCACAUAUGGUGCCCAAAUACAUCUUUUGGGUAGACGAGUAUCCCAAGACGGCCAGUGGCAAGAUUCAGAAGUUCAAGCUGGCCGAGUUGGGUGCUCAGAUAUUGGGAGUGUAG